GCGUCGUCCUUCACCCCCAUUGCCCCGCCUCGGCGUCCCUCUCCGCUGCGUAUUCCCCACCUCGUCGUUCUCCACGGUUGUUUUUCCGGCCACCCCUCGUUUGGAGAAGAUGGAGGACUCGUAUCGUGAGUCGAUUUGGCGAAAAAAGGGUCGUCCUAGAGAGUUGUACCCCGAUGUGUCUUGCAAGGAUGCCCCCGUGCCUCCAGAGGAACCUAUUCCUAACUGUGAUUGUGGACAUCCGGCACACGUGAGCCAGUCGAGACAUCCGGAUACUGCGGCACGUUGCUUCUAUACUUGUUAUAGUUAUAGCCCCUACUUCCGGUGCUUUUUCUUCCAAUGGAUCGACGGGCCGGACAAGUUUGACCCAAGAAUUCUGCUUUUCUACCCCGGCGUUGAUCAUUGCAAACGUGAGUUGUUUACUCGCUGGGUUCCGCCCCCCCCUAACCCUCCUCCUAUGACGGAGGAAGAGAAGGCCGUCGCCUCUGCACUUCGGCUCGAGGAUCCUCCGAAGUGUCAUUGCGGAGAACAAGCCGUGAUAAAUCCACAGAAUGAACUAGAGUUUGUUUGUCCUCUGCGGCGUGAAGAUCGUGGUUUUCGAAAGUGCCGUUUCAAGGAGUGGAUCUAUGGUCCAAAGAGCCAUUGGCCAGAGCCUGAGAAGCAGGAGGAGGUUGUAGAGUGGAAGAAGAAGCGGAGGUCUAUUGCGCCUCCCGUGAUGUGCAAAUGUGGUGUUGAAGCUAGCUACGGCCUAGUUCCUUCAGGUCUUGGGAUUGGCCACUUCUGUGGCCACAUGAUCGACUAUGAUGAGAGCACUCAGAAAUGCAAAUGGGAAUCAUCUGAUGAUGUGUUUAAGUUCAAAGAUGAAUAUAAGGCAAGAGUAGCAGUUCGCAAGACGAGAGGUUAUCCUGCAAACUACGUCACUGAUUUUGUGAAGGACCAUAAGAAGAAAAUGCUUGCAUUCGCCCAGGAGUUGCGUGUUCGUAACCCUGCGAGUAUUGCAUGGAAGAAGUGGUCCGAGGAGAGGGAAAAGGAGAUAGAGGAGUACCGUGCAAGCAAGGCUGAAGAGCAUGCAAGGAAGGCUGCGGAGGAGGCUGAGCGAGUUGAGAUGCAAUGCUUGAACGAUACUAUUGCCUCAUUAUGUGCUAAGAUUGGAUGCACCGGAAACUGGCAAGCAGAUGUGGGCCGUGCUAAGUACGCGGAGAAUAUGAUAUUAGGGCGGGACGGUGCAGUUGGUGGCACUGCUAGCCGUCCGAUUGUGGUCGAAGAGGAGGCCGAGGCGGAGGAAGACGACGACACCGGAAGGAUAGGCGACCUCAUUCGUCUUGCCGAGGAAUUGGGGUACCCUCAGGAGAAGCAUGACUAUGAAAUGGGAAGGAUAUGCGACCUACUUCGUCUUUCAGAGGAGGGUGAGGCGUCAGGGCCGAUGCCUGUCGGUGCCACAGAGGAGGGUGAGGCUGCAUACCACAACCAGAAGACAUCGGUCUACCACUCAUGGUGGCCAACAGACAUGACCGAGGAAGAGGGACAGUUAUACUCUCAGGCGGCAGAAGAGGCGGAGGCAGCUUACUACGAGAGACAGGCUAGUGAGGCCAAGGCAGCGGAGGCGAGCAUGGGUAAGGAGGCUGUAGUGGACGAUUGGGAGUCCGAGGACGAGUUGCUUACGCAGUGGUGCACGCAGUUUGAUUGAUGUGGUAAUGUAUGUGAGUGGCUUAGGGAUGAGACUUUUGUACUAUGAAACUUGUCAUGUAAUAAUUUGUACUCCGACGUAUUUCAA